AUGCUCCUUAUAACAACAAGUGAGCUAUCUGAUAUAAAUGAUCUAGAAGUUGAGGAAGAAGUCUUACAAUAUGUUGAACUCAAAUCUGAAAGUAGGUUUGAUGAAUGUAUGAGAGAAAUUAUUGUAACAGAAAUAGCAAGAAUUUCAGUAAGAUUUUAUUUUUGGAAGGAUUAUGAUACAGAAUUUUGGUCUUAUAUAUCUCUAAUAGGUAAUGAUAAAGAAAAAGUAUUGCAUAGGUUUAAUUUUGAAGUUGUUUUCAAUAAAGAAUGA